GACAGACAAUAUGCUGCCUGCUGUUGUCAAGCUCUGCUGUGGAAUCUCCUACCCACAUCUGAGGAGUAUGGCAGGACUUCAACGCACAGCUGUGGCAGUGAUAGGCCAGGAGAUCACACACCUGCAGAGAUACGGACAGAUCCAACAUCACAUGAGAGCAUGUGCUGGAUUAAAGUACAAUGAGCCCAAGCCUGAAGAUAUAAAGCCUGCACCAUCAAAAGAAGACCAGCUGUUCUAUGUGCAACAAGGCCAGGAAGCAAUGAGGAAGGCUCUCAGCAUGUUGGAGGACAAGGAAGGAUGGAAGCUUGAAAUUGCAGAGAGCAACGGGGAUGUGAUUUAUAGCAAAGUGAUGCCGGGAGCGAGGAAGGUCUUCAGGCUGGAGGCGGUCCUGGAGGGCAGCGUGGACGAACUCUACGACCUUCUGUUUGUCAGAGUGGAGGAGAUGCACCAGUGGAACCCGACCAUACAGCAUAUCAAAGUUCUGAAGCAUGUCGGACCUGCAACGAUUGUCACUCAUGAGGUUUCAGCCGAGACAGCAGGAAAUCUGAUUGGCCAAAGGGAUUUCCUGAGUGUCAGACACAGUUGCAAACAAAAGUCCAGCGCAUAUCUUGGAGGAGCAGCGAUUCAGCUAGAGUCCUUCCCACCUCAGGCAGGCUUUGUGCGAGCCGAGGACGGACCGACCUGCAUCAUCAUUCAGGCUCUGGAUGAAGAUAUGAGAAAAAGUCACAUCACGUGGCUUCUUAACAUGGACGUGAAGGGCUGGCUACCAAAGUCCAUUGUCAAUCAAGCUUUGCCCCGAGCACAACUGGAGUACACCAGACACCUCCGUGGACGCCUUGCAGCGGGCGCCGCCCUGGGCUAACUGGGCCUGUGUGACACCCACGUCACAGCAGCAACCUGUCGCCACUCACGGGGGAAGACCGGGAGACGGAGAGGCAGGGUGACAGCCCGGCUGCUCGACUGAACGCCGCCCUUUCAGCGAGAGCAGGGACGCUGCCUGGAGGAGACACUCAGCUCCAGUGCUGGCAGAGACCAGUGUCAGCAGCCCAGGGCCAGCCUGGUGGGAGGACGCUGGCUAAUAAUAGGAAUUAAUGUCAC